AUGUCGGCAAUCACAUAUGUGACUCGUCGCAGCUCGUUCGGUGCGGAUGAGCACGGCACCGUCAGUGCCCGGGCUGCCCUCGACAUGUACGACGGAAUGACCGAACAAGAGUCGGAGGCGUUCUUGUCGAACAUGAUUAAUGACAAUGAAGAUCCGACUGAAAUGGAGUAUGAUUUGGAGGCCACCACCGCAUUUGAAGUUCGGACAACAUCCGAUCCCAAUCUGAGCAAGAAGAAGAAGAAGACCAAGACGCCAAAGGCAAGAGGUCCAGGAUUCUCAAGAUUUGAGGACAUCUUGUUGGUCAAAGCUUGGUUGGCCACAACGAUGGAUCCAAUAUGCGGCACCGACCAAAAGGAGAACACCUAUUGGACGAAGAUUUGGAAGGAGUAUCACGAACAAAAGGAGUAUGUGGAGCCGCAUCUUAUCAUGACCACCCGCAAUGUGGCAUCUCUCCAACUUCGUUGGGGGAUCAUUCAAGGGGAAGUGAACAAGUACAUCGGCUACUACUCACAAGUGACCAAAUGCCCCCAGAGUGGGAUGGGAGUCGCAACUCAUACGGCGGUGGCGGCCACUUUGCAUCACGAGGUGGAUAAGAAGCCAUUUGGUUUUAGCCAUUGUUGGGCCAUAUUGAACGGCAAGCUGAAGUGGAACCAACUUGUCGCCGACCUCAAAUCCGGCAAGAAGAGGAAUGAUGGCUCAAGCUCCAACCAAUCAAUUGGGUUGGACGAUGAAGAGGACAAUGUUAUCAUGACGAAUGGAAAAGCCACUGUGCCAAAGGAUACCGCCAAGUCAUGGGAAACAAGAAAGGAUGGAGGGGACCGGAAGAGGGCAGAGAAGGAGCUCGAAAUUGAGAGGGAGAAGAUCGAGUUGGAGAAGCAACAAGCGGCGAUCAAACGGGAACUCGAGAAGGCCAAGACAUUUGGCGACAUAGAGCUCGAGAAGGAGAGGUUGCAACUCGCACGGGACGCGGAAGAUGCGAGGAUCAUGUUGGCGAACGAAACCCUCUUGGAUGACCAUGCGAAGAAGUGGCUUGCGGACAAGAAGCUGGGGAUCAACGACCGUAGGAAGUACGAGGCGGCGAGGGCGGCUGUGGCCCGGAUGCAGGCGUAG